AUCUAGGCUAGGCUCGACAAUGUCUGUUGUCUGCACCUCAAACCAAUGAUCCGCGUCAUGUCCCAGCCCAGCUUCUAGGUGCUCCUUGAUCUGCGUCUAAAAAGUGCGAGGCUAACUUUUGCGAAUGAUCUGCGCGUUUCGCAGGGUCCUAGCCUUGCGGUCAGUUUUGCAGGUUGGCCCAUCCUUGUUUGUAAGAACCUCGCUACAUCCUCACUGCACCACUGGUAGAUCCUUGGAUGACAGACCCUGAUUAGACAAGUUUCAGAAAAUUUACCUGCUGCUAGUCGUGACUUAUUUCCUAGUAUAUUUUCAACCCAGAGGUCAUUCCAUCCAGCCUCGGAUGUUUUCCGCUCGUUCCUCCGCACUCCGCCUCCUCCGCUGCUCCGCCUGCUUCGCAACUGCGCGCGCCUCCCUCCCCGCGACGACUUGGCGCGCAGCCUGGCGGGCACCGGCGGCCGCCAUCAUUCCCCCCUGCCCGUGCGCUCUCCCCCCCGCCAUGCCCGCCUGUCCAUGUGCCCUUCCCCGGGCUGCGCUGCCUUGCGCGAUCGCUGGCGAAGUUCCCCCUGGGGGGGCGCUCCGCACAACAGCUGCGAUUCGCGGAACAACUGCGAUCCGCGCAACGGCCGCGCUUAGUCGGCCGUAUAGCUUCUACGCCAUCAGCGGCGGAAUAGUCAACUGUAGCGGGAAGUGCCACGGCAAGUCGCCAAGCGCGCAGAUCUGGGGAGAUCGAGGCGCGAGGAGAUUAACUACCAGGUCGAUCUCUCGUGCAGCCUUGCCGUGCGCCAGCCACGGCAUCACGAGGGUCCAUGGAGGCGGAGAUAGGCCAGUAGGAAAUGGGUCUUUCGGAAGCAGGCUAGCAGGAAACGAGCCAGAGAGAAUUCGACCAUAUGAGCGCGCAGGCUUCAUCGUCGGCGGCGGGAAAGGCGGCGCGAAAGGCGCUGUGGCGGCAUGCUGGCAUCAGGCUCCGCUGCGCGGGCUCCACGCGUCGCGACGAAACCUAUCACGUCCCUUAUUGGCGAUUGGCCGUGCGACGACGGGCUGUACGACGACAGGCUGUGCGACUAGUAGCAUGCCGCUCGGACCGUCGUCGGCGAGAGGCAUGUCGUUCGGAUCGUCGAGUCUGUUGCGAGGCGACGGUUCGUCGCGCGACGCGCUGGCGUAUCACCGGCCGCCGCGAGGGGGCGCGCGGAAAGAGCCCCGGCAGUGGCGCACGGUGGAGUGCAAGGUGAAGCGGCGGAGGGAGCCGCGGCUGGACGCGGUGAUAGAGAGGAACAAGAAGUUCAGAAUCGUGCAGCGCAUACAGGAGCUUCUGGGGAAGCAGGAGGGCGGGCGCAUGAGCCUCAAGGAGCUGGGGAAGUACCGGGAGAAGAUUGGGCUGUCUGGGGGAAGGAGAUGCGUGGCGCUCGUUCAGAAGUUCCCUUCGAUCUUCCAAGUGGACGACAGGGGUGGCGGCAACAUCUGGUUCACGCUGACGCCCGAGGCAGCGAGGAGGGACGCGAGGCAGAGAGAGCUGCAGGCGAUGAUGGAACCGAUACUGGUGGAUAAGCUGUGCAAGCUGCUGAUGAUGUCAGCAACGCAGACACUGAGUUUGGAGAGCAUCGGCCAUGUGAGGCGCGAGCUCGGGCUACCAGAGGACUUCAAAACGUCCUUUUUGCCCCGUUUCUCUGGUCGCUUCAGAGUAGCCCAUCCCCCUGCCGCUCCUGGUGCUACCGGGGGUCCCAUGCUGGUGCUGCAGCAGUGGGACGACCGCCUCGCUCUCUCAGUGGCCGAGGCGAACGAAGCAGCAGCAGAGGCAAACGAGGUGGCGGCAGAGGUGGGGGAAGCAGAGGAGGCAGCUGCGAGAGUGACGCAUAGCAAGGCGGUAGUGGAUGGUGAAGCAGCAAGUGGUGGCGGCGCUGCUGCUGCUGCUGCUGUCUCUGGUGCUGCUGCUGCUUCUGGUGCUGCCACUAGGGGAGGCAGUAUUGGUGCAGCAGCAGCUGCUGCUGCUGGCCGUGGCUGGGUUGGUUCUGGUGCUGCUGGUGCUGGUGGCUCUGCUGCUGGUGAUGGUAGUGCCGGUGCUGGUGCCGGUUCUGCUGCUGGUGGGUGGGGGGGUGGUGGUGCUGGUGGUGCUGCUGCUGCUGCAGGGGGGAGAGCACAGGGGGGGAUGGUGAGGAGAGAGGGGGUGGGGGGAGUGUUGGGGGAUGGGGAUGCGGAGGGGGAGGGGGAAACUGGGGAGGAGAGGAAGGGAGAGGAAGAGAAGGAGGAAGAGGAGGAGUGGGAGGAGGAGGAGGAGGAAGAGAAGGAGAAGGAGAAGCAGGAGGAGGAGGAGGAGGAGGAGGAGGAGGUCGAGGUGGAGGAAGCAAAAGAGGAGAAUAAGAGAACAAAGGAGAAGGAAGAGGAGGAAGAGGAAGAAAAGAGCGAGGAGGACUCGGAUCAGUUUGGUGUGGGGGGGAGGAAGGCAGACGAGAGAGGGCAUAAGGGGCAUGAGGGGCCAGGGGAUGGGUGGGAAGAGGGGUGGGGAGAGGGAGGAGGGGAAGGCGGGGGAGACGGAGGCCACAAAGACAGCAAGCACAAGACACAGAAGAGUGAGGAGAAACGGGAGAAGGAGAUUCGGAGAGAAGGGAGACGGGGAGAGAUGAUAUGGGAAGAAGACAGGUGGGAAGAGGAAGAGGAAGAGGAAGAGGAGGGGCAAGAGGAGGGAGGGGCGGCGUUCAGAAAGCCUCACCUGGGCCCAGUUCUGUCAUGUGACAACACUUCAUUACCACCCGAUUCUCCCUCUCAAACGACACAGACCGCCCAAGUCACUCCCCCCCGGCCGUCACUGACCCCUGAGGAGCUAGCAGAAGCGGCUAUCGGGUUGGGGCGGCAGAAAGCAGAGGCCAACCGAAUGGCUUACAUCACUGGGACCAGGGCGGGCCAGGAGGAGGGGAGCGGAAGCAGUGGUGGCACUGGCAGCAUUGGCUCUGGUGUGAGCACCAGCAGCAGCAGCAGGAGCAGCAGUAGCAGUCGAGAGGAGAGGCAGAAGCAAGCCAUUCGCAUGCGUCUUAAGCUGAACCUCCCCCCGGGGCUCAAGCUGAAGCAGUCCGAUCUGCUAAGGCUGCAGAGAUUCCAUGCCUCUCCUCCCAUCUCCCCCUAUGCCAACCCACUUGAUAUUGGCAUAUCACCCGAGUCUAAGGAAGCGGAAAGGCGGGCAGUUGCAGUGAUUCGGGAGUUUCUUUCGCUGACCGUAGAAAAGCGGUGCCUGAUCGACCAGCUGACGCACUUCCGGAAAGAUUUUUUGCUGCCCGCAAGGAUCUACGCACUGCUGUUGCGGCACCCGGAAAUUUUUUAUGUUUCGGUGAAAGGGGUAAGGGACUCGGUGUUUUUGAGAGAGGCUUAUGAAGGGGAUGUGCUCAUAAUGAGUGAUGAGCUGGCGGAUGCUAUAGAGGAGAUGAGGGUUCUUAUGGAGGAUGGGAGGAGGAGGAUGAGGAGGGGAGGAGGAGGAAGGGAGAGUGGGGAGAAAGUGGAGUACGGGAGGGAGGGUAGUGGGGAGGAGAGUGACUGGGAGAGUGAGGAUGAGGAGGAAUGGGAGGAAGAGGACGAGGAAGAGGAAGACGGGGAAGAGGAGGAGCGAGAAAGGGAGGAGGUUCGGGGCCGGAGGGUAGUGCCAAGUGCUUGGAAGAGGGCAAAUGGGCGGAUGGUUGAGGGAGAGGGGAGAGGAGGCACCAGACAGACUGCUGUUGGAGAGGAGGGGAGGAGGAAAGGAAUAGGACGAAGAAUGGGUGAGGGAGUGGGGAGAGGAAUGGGGAAGGGGCAGAGUGGGGAAGCGAGGGUGGGAUGGGUGGGUGUGGAUAGGUGGGGGAGGGAGCGUGAGAGUGGGGGUGUGGAGGGGGUUGGGUGGAUACCUGUGGGGAGUAUGGUUGAGAAUGAGAGAGAGAGUGAUAAGAGGAAGGGGAGAGAGGAGGAGAAGAAGAGGGAGGAGCGAGAGGAGGGAGUGCAGGAAGAGGAGGAAGAGGAGGAAGAGGCGGAAGAGAGGGGUUUUGCGGCAGAUGCGGUGAGAAAAGGGGGAGGUGAAGAGAAGGGGGAGAGGGAAAGGGAGGGGAUGGCAGGCAGCAAGGAGAGGAGAGGGAAGGAGGUAUGGAGGAGCAAGGGCAUCCACAGGCAGGGGCUGAUCAAGGACCGGUGGUGAGGUGACAAUCGGAGUCGAGUCUCAACACACAUGGGGGAGUUGUACGAGGAGUGGGAAGGAAAAGGUGAAGAGGAGAAGGAAGGAGGGCGUGGAGAGGAGUAAGGGCAUCAACUGGCAGGGGUGGAUCAAGGACCGGUGGUGAGGUGGGGUCCCAUGGAGCUGUGACUUGAUGCUGCAUUGUCCAGCCGAAGGGGAGAGGAGAGGGAAGGACGCAUGGAGAGGAGUAAGGGCAUCCACAGGCAGGGGUGGAUCAAGGACAGGUGGUGAGGUGAUUCUUAUUGGUAUCGGAGGAGGACGGGCAGCGUGGAGGAGUGGUGAUGAUGAAGGCGCACCGUGAUAUGAUUAUCCACAGGCAGGGGUGGGUCAAGCACAGGUGGUGAGGUGAGGUGAGUCCCCUUGGCGUUGCGUCUUGAAGCCACGCGGCAGCGUAACGUACGGUGCAAGAAGUGGUGGGGGGGAGGAGAGGGAAGGAGGAGCCACGCUGCCUCGUAACGUACAAGAAAUGGUGGGGGGGAGGAGUAGGGCGGGGUAGCAUGGAGGAGUGGGGAUGAAGGAGCACAGUGAUAUCCACUCCACAGGCAGGGGUGGAUCAAGCACAGGUGGUGGAGUGAGUGAGUCUUCUAGGCAUAGGGGUGGUUGGGGCUUAGGACUCAGGACUGGAAUGGUAUAUGCUUGCUCGGCAUGCGCGGACCAGUGUCUUGCAGUCGGCACACACAGUCAAGCAUUCUCAGGCACAGGAUUACCCAGCAGCACUAUCGUCGCACUCCGCGUGAUAUUUGACUAACUAGACUCCUCUGCAUGUCUCCAGAUCUGCUUCCAAAGCUCCAACACGACCUGCUUUCCAUGCUCGCCCGCUCUCGUGCCGACUCGACCAUCCGAACAUACGAGCCUUACUGGGUGAAGUUCCGCGCCUUCUGCACGAAGGUCAACCUAACGUUCUUGCCGGCAUCGGACAUGACCCUCGCGCUCUACCUGGUGUACGUCAUCCAACGCAAGGCCUCCUUGUCGGUGGUUCAGCUCACAUGCUCCGCCGUGAGCUUUGCCCACUGGAUGACAGGCUCAACAUGCCCAACCACCGGCCCUUUCACCUCCCAAGUGCGCGACUUCGCGAAGCGACACUGCACGCGUCCUAACAGGAUUAAAGAGCCAGUCUCACUCCAUCAGGUCCACGAUAUGGCAGCCUCCUUCCUACAGUCAAACAACCCAACCAUGUUCCAAAAAGGAUUGAUCCCGAUUCUCAUGUACACCGGUUUUCUGCGCUACUCGGACCUGGUGGCCAUCCAAUGGUAGGACAUCCAAUUUAAAGAUGAAGCGUAGUGAAACCACGAAAGAGAUGUACGUCACGCCCGCGACCGAUCAUCCGUUCGGCGCGUCUCGUCGCCUGCAAGACCCGGCGGCGGCACCAUCUGUUAAAGGAAGAACUAAAUGUUAAACUAGAAC